AUGUCCGUCGUUGCCAUCCUCGCACUCGUUAUUUCUCUUCUUAUUGCUUGUAUUGUCUACUUCGUCUUCAUUGCCCCGUCUUUCAACCCUCUUCUCGCCAUUGCCGGCCCUCCAACAGAUCGCGGCCUUUUCACCAACUAUCUCCAGCCCGUCCUCGACCCAACGUAUUCGCCGCGCACCCACGAAGCCUAUGUCAAAAAGUACGGGCGCUCCAUUCGCAUCCGCGGUGUCGGCCCGUGGGACACUCGUCUCCUCACACUAGAUCCUGUCUCUGUCUCUCAUGUACUCAAGAAUUCAACCCUUUAUGAAAAACCAUGGCAGUCGCGUACUUUGAUUACAAGUCUCAUUGGAUGCGGCAUGCUCGCCGCUGAGGGUCAAGUCCACAAACGCCAGCGAAGGGUCGCUACUCCUGCUUUUUCUAUUCAGAACCACCGCGCCCUCGUACCUCUUGUAUUCAGGAAAGGAACGCAGCUCAAAGUCAGAUGGAUGCAGAUGGCGAAAGAGCAGCCUGAAGAUCGCAUUACCCUGGAUGUCUGUCACUGGGUUAGUCGAGCGACUUUCGAUGUCAUUGGCAUGGCAGGAUUCGACUACAAUUUUAAUGCCAUUCGCGACGAAUCUAACGAACUCUUUAUGGCUUACAAGGAAAUGUUCGAGACUGCAAUCUCCCAAGGCAGUUUUCUCCGAACAAUGCUGAGAAUAUACCUCCCUUCGGUCUCCUCCUUAUUCCCUGAUCACACUGUCCGCACUGUCAGGCGAUGCCAGAACGUCAUUCAUCGCGUUGCUGGCCAGUUGAUUCAAGAGAAAAAAGCAAAAAUUGCACAAGGAGAGGAAGAUGGCGUUCCUUAUGCAGGAAGAGAUCUCCUCACCCUUCUUCUCAAAUCAAAUAUAGCAACGGAUCUACCUCCUGACCAGAGAAUCUCAGACGCCGAUAUCCUCCAUAAUAUCAAUACUUUUAUGUUUGCUGGAUCAGAUACCUCUUCGCUCAGCCUCACUUGGACACUACUGCUUCUUGCGCAGAACCCUGCGAUACAGGACCGCCUUCAUGCCGAACUUUUAUCUAUUUCUCCAGUAUCCUCUGGAAGCCUUGCGGAUCUGACGGAAGAUGAAAUCCAGUCGUUGUAUACCACCAUCUCCAACUUGCCUUACCUUCACAACGUUAUACGCGAGUCAAUUCGCUUGAUACCCCCCGUGCAUUCCAGCAUCCGCGUCGCGACCCAGGACGAUGAAGUCCCAACGUCGUAUCCGGUUCACAAAAGGGAUGGGACAAUAAUCGACAGGCCAACUACGGUUUCAGUUCCCAAAGGUAGUUUCGUCCAUGUCGCCGUUGAGGGAUUCCAGUUGGAUAAAGAAUUCUGGGGGGAGGAUGCUUGGCAAUUCCUACCUGACCGGUGGGAUCGUCUGCCGGAAGUUGCGGCCGAACUACCAGGUUUGUUCUCAAAUACUUUGGCGUUCUCCGCCGGUCCUCGUUCAUGUAUUGGCAUGCGGUUUUCGAUGAUCGAAAUCAAGACAUUCAUCUAUAUCUUACUCACCAACUUCCUCUUCUUGCCCACCGGAGACAGAAUCAUGAAAGCAAACGUCGUCUUGACACGGCCGUACAUUGUCGGAAAAUUCAAGCAAGGAAGCCAGUGCCCUCUUAUUGUUGUACCCUAUGAUGCGAAGCAAUCCGCCUCGACAGCAGAUUAA